AUGCAAACGUUCCUAGUCGAAGAAUCAAAUUCCAAAAAAAAUUCUUAUAAUUACUACGAUUCAAAAAAUGUACUAGAAGAAAAAAUAGGUGACAAAAGAGAAGAUUAUUCAAUAGAGGAUUUCGAUACAAAAGAAGAUGUUGUGUCUAUUCAUACCGAUUCAGAUUAUUCUUUGCCUAGUGACGAAGAAGAAUUCGAUACAAGGCUAUGCCAAUUACUACUAGAUCCGAGAAAGUUGAAGAGGUAUAUAAAUGAUGGCAGUAUUCCAUAUUCAAGGAAUUGUGAGAGGCCAUUUAAAGAACAUUCUCAACAUUUUCAUUUUGACGAUCGUGAUAGUAGAGAACUUGUUUACAACAAUGACAUUUAUGAAUGGCCACCAAGAUAUCAUCAUGUUAUGUCAUAUCAAAAUUAUGAUCUUGAUCGAGAAUAUGAACAUGAACAACAAUACAUGGAUGACAGGAUGAUUGAUUAUAUUGAUUAUGAUGGAGAAAAUGAUAGAGGCAUCGGCAUUGGUGGUGGUCUAGAAUCUGGUAAUCGAACCUCAUAUAUUAUUAACGGUAAUAAUAAUAUGUCAAAUACCGGAAUAGGAGGUAAUAGAAUUAAUAAUUGUGGUAAGUCGUUGGCAAGACAACGAUCACUGGAAAGUAUCAAUAAAGAUGAUCAUUUAUUACUAUUACGUGAAAGAGACCAACCUUUACCAUUUCCUCCACGUGAUAGUUUUAGAAAAUUUGAUGAUAGAGCUCCUCCCAUGAUGUUGACUCAUAGAACCGAUGAUAAUUAUUAUUACGGUACAAUGUCUGAUCGAUAUUUAAGAGAUUUAAGUGUUAGUGAUUAUGACAAUGAUAUUUAUUAUUAUAGAAAUAUGCAACAAGAUAAACCAAGAAUUGACUCAACAAGUAGAGAAGAAAGAUCAUUGAAUGGAUUGGUUGAUUUUAGUAGUAGUAUGAGUAAUAGCAAUAGCAAAUGUGGAACUUAUUACAUCAAAAACAACAGUAGUGAUGGCGGCAGUGCUUGCAGUAAUAAUAUUGGUAAUAAUAGAAAUGGAGGGAACAAUAGUAAUAUUGUUUAUGGUAAGGAUAGCACAAAAAAUAUUUUUUUUAAUGAGAAUCAUUAUCAAAUACUGAAAAAUCAAGAUAUGGAGACAGAUACUACUGAUUAUUGCAAUGUUAAAAAUGAUAUCGUUAAUAACGACAAUAUUAAUAAUUUAGGAAUCAAUCAAUAUUAUCAAAGAAUUAAUAAUAAUGAUAACGAUAACAAUAAUAAUUAUUAUUUAGAAGAACCUUCUUUACCAUAUCCUUGGGAACUAUGUAUAUCCAGUAAAAAUAAGAUUUACUACUUCAAUACUGAAACUCAUGAAAGUCAAUGGACAUUUCCAUCCGAAGAUAAUUAUAAAAAGAAUUACGAUGACAACAAUAACGACAUAUGGCCAAUAGAUUCAACUGAAUGA